UCCCGCCUUCUCUCGGUACCCGAAGGUCAGCGCCUUAGGCCUUGCGUGAGGAGCGGUACUCGGUGAGCGGCGGGCGGGCUGGGGCUCUUGUCGGAGUCCAGAGAUGGGAGCGGGCCUCGGGCAUCCACCUUCCGCUGUACGGCGUCCUUCACGGGAUUCACGUUUCCUCCUCCGGGGCCUCAGGCUGUUCACUCAGGUCAGCCGGUGAUUGCUUUUGCCUCCCGCCUCGGGGCACUGCCGCCUUCUGCUCCUCAGAGAGCCCCCAUCAUCCUCCCUACCCGUGGUCCUCACCCAGGGUGAUCCUGCCCCCCAGAAAAGAAAAGCAUCUUUCAAGCUCAGAUUUGUUUUGAAACUAUCCUCAAGUUCCACCUCUCCUCACUGAUUCUGGAUUUCUGUAUGACCAGUAUGAGGUUGAGAGUGUUGAAUCCAAGAAGAUGCUGGACCCCCAAAUAGGCAUUCCAGCUAUUUCAUUACAGAAGCAUUGUGGCUGCGGAGUUCUCAAGAAAUGAAAUGGGUAUACUGAUGAUGACCAGAUAUUCAGUUUGCAUUGGAAGAAACUUUAAUCUAGAGCAGAUGUCAGCUACCUUUCCCUGUAAAGGGCCAGAUCCCUAUCCUGAGUAUACUGAGUGGAAAUAAGAAGAGAACAUCUCAAUCCCUGCUGCGCUCUCCAGAAAUUUACUGUUUGAAUCACAGGAUGGCAGCUAUUGUUCUGUCACCCACUUGUGCUCAGUCUUAUUCCCUUUACCCAGUGUCACAUGAGAAAGGAUCCAGAGAGGACAAAGGAUUGGUCAACUGGUAUCAGGACUUGGUGACCUUCAAAGAUGUAGCUGUGGAGUUCACCCAGGAUGAAUGGGCAUUACUGAACCCUUCUCAGAGAACACUUUACAGAGAUGUGAUGCUGGAGAACUGCAGAAACCUGGCAUCACUUGUAGGGAAUCAAGUUGAUAAGCCCAGUCUGAUCUCCCAGUUCGAGCAAGAUGACAAGGUAUCAAGAAAAGAGAGAGGAAUUCUCUCAGGUACCUGUCCAGAUUUGGAAACUGUACUUAAAGCCAAAGGGUUAAAUCCUAAGCAGGGCAUUUUUAGAAAAGAACAGUCUAAACAUGUGAAAAUGGACAGAAGUCACUUUGGAGUGAAACUCAAUGAAUGUAAUCAGUGUUUUAAAGUGUUCAGCACAAAAUCUAACCUUACUCAGCAUAAGAGAAUUCACACUGGAGAAAAACCUUAUGACUGUAAUCAGUGUGGAAAAUCCUUUAGCAGUAGUUCUUACCUUACUGUUCAUAAGAGAAUACACAAUGGGGAGAAACCCUACGAAUGCAGUGACUGUGGGAAAGCCUUCAGUAAUCCUUCAUCCCUUAGACUGCAUGUGAGAAUUCACACUGGAGAAAAACCCUAUGAAUGUAAUCAGUGUUUUCAUGUCUUCCGCACUAGAUGUAUUCUCAAAAGGCACAAGAGAGUUCAUACUGGGGAGAAUCACUAUGAAUGUAAUCAGUGUGGAAAGGCCUUUAGCACAAGCUCCUCCCUUACUGUGCACAAUAGAAUUCAUACAGGGGAGAAACCUUAUGAAUGCCGUGACUGCGGGAAAGCCUUCAGGAAGCGCUCACAUCUGACACAACAUGUGAGAACUCACACUGGAGAAAAACCGUAUGAAUGUAGUCAGUGUGGAAAAUCAUUCAGCAGUAGCUUUUCUCUUACUGUGCACAAGAGAAUACAUAAUGGAGAGAAACCCUAUGAAUGCAAUGACUGUGGGAAAGCCUUUAAUAAUCUCUCAUCUGUUAAGAAACACUUGAGAACUCACACUGGAGAAAAACCCUAUGAAUGUACUUAUUGUGGAAAAUCCUUCAGCAGUAAUUCUUACCUUUCUGUGCAUAAGAGAAUACAUAAUAGGUCGGUAUGAAUGUGGUAACUGUGUAAAAGCAUUCAUUGAUCUCUUACCAUCAAAUAACUUGAGAAAAAUCACACCUGAUGUAUUAAAUAUCUGUCGCUGCAUAAAAAGUUAACCCCAAAACCCAGUGGCUUCGAACAACAAACAUUUAUCUCCAUUACUGUAGGUCAGGAACAGUUUAGCUAUAUGGUUAUAGCUCAGGGUCUUUUAUGAGGUUGGAGUCAAGAAGAUAGCUGGAGCUGCAGUCAUCCAAAGAUAUGAUGGUUGAAGAGUCCACUUACAAGAUGCCUAACUCACAUGUCUGGCAAGUUAGUGCUGGUUGUUGACGACCAGCUGGCCUCAGUUCCUCACCACAUAGAUCGCUCCACAGGAUGAUUAUCUUCUCAAUAUGACAACUGGUUUCCCCCAAAGCAAGUGAUCCAGGAGAGAGAGCAGAAUCCAUAAUGUCUUUUAUAACCUAUCAUUGGAAGUGACAUACCAUCACUUCUCCCAUACUCUGUUGGUCACCUGUAUCAACCCUGAUAGAAUGCAGGAGGGAAUUAUACAAGUUUGAAUACAAGGAUGUAGAGAUCAUUGGAAGCCACCUGGGAGUCUGGCCAUGAAAUCAAUGAAGAAAGGCCUUCAGCAAACCCUCAUCCUUUAGGUAACAUUUGGGAAAUCAACCUAGAGAGAAACACUUUGAAUGGCAUCAAUGUGGAUGACCCUUCAGAUGGAAUAUUAACUUUAUUCUGCUCAGGAGAAAUCAUACAGGAUGAAGAUAACAUGUAUAUAGGAAAAAUGAGAAAUCUUCCAUUUAUCCCUCCUUGUUCAAGGUGCCAUGAGAUAAUUUUUUUAAUAUAAGCAAUAUGGAAUAGCAUUCAACAUCUCAUGAUAACUCACUUUUGAGAGAAACCUUUUGCGUGCAACGUAUUGUUAAAGUCUUCAACUAAAACUUUCCCCUUACUCUGCACAAACCCAAGGAAUGCAAUAGCUAUAGAAAAUCUUGCAGUGAUAUGUCGUCUCUGGGGAGGCACAUGAGAAUUCACACUAAGGUAAAAAUCCUGUGAAUGUCAUCAGAAUGGAAAAGCCUUUAGGGGACACUCAUCCCUUAAGACAUGAAAAAUCACAGUACACAGGAACACUGUAUAUAAAGAAUGGAAAAGCCUACAGAACAGACAUUCAUGUUACUAAGCGCAAGACAAUACAGUUUUCUGAGAUACUCAGAAUUUAAAAACUGUGGAAAAGGCUGGUGUUCUAUCAUUCUUAAGGAGACAUGAGACUUCACACUGAAGAAAAACCCGUUGAAUUCCAUCAGUAUUGGAAAGCCUUCUGUUUUUUCACAUUUCUUAGGAAACUUUGAGGCAUCACGCUGCAAAAAAACUUGUGAAUAUAAAGGGAGUGAGGAAAAUCCUUCAGCAAUGCCACUUGCAGUAGGCAAAACAUGAAAACUCUCCCUGGAUGCAAAGCCAAUGAAUCUUCUUAAUUGUGGUAAAGCUUCCAGUAACUCCUUUGCUGUACCUGUGAGUACUCAAAUGAGAGAAACCUUCUAGGAACAUCAUUGAUAAAGAUACCUCAGCCUCUGCUUUUUACUGGGUGGCCUUAAAGUGAUCUGUAUUGGAAAAGAAAAGUACAAAUGAUACGACUGUGGGAUUACCUUUAUCAGUGUCUCAUAAUGUGAUUAAGGCCACUAAUUUUCAGUUUUUUAGUUCCAGUGUAAAUUUUUAUGACUAUAACUAUCCCUUCAAAUAAACUUCAGAUUGCAUUACAUAACUUUGAUUAUGCAAUAAAUCCAUUAUAAUUAGCUCUUUAAAAAUAUCAGUACACUGCAUGCUCAAAAACCUGUUUCUGAAUACCUCCUGAGUGGCUUAGCUUGUCAUAAUGGGCGUUACACCAUAUCAUACUUUUUUCUAAUUUAAAAGCAUUUUUUUCAGAGUACAUGGUCUUUAUGAUAUUGAUUCUUUUUUUUAAUGUUUCCUUUCUAGUAUGGCAAAUACUUGUUAGUUUCUUCCCAAAUGUUCAUUCUCCCCUAUUUAUUUACUAAAAAUUUUAGAAUUUUUUGUUCAGGUUGUCAAUGAGCAGUACUGAAGAUACCAGGCUUCAAGAGGUUUUGUCCCAUCUUAUGGGCCAUAAGAAAUAGGUAGAAGUCACUGGGGGACACCAUCUUGCUUGUUCUGUUUUCCUUUCAGGUUACCCAUUCUUGGGGAUGUGAUGGUUAAUGGCUAGGUUAUGGUAUCCCCAGUUGUUUGGUCAGGCUGCUUGUUACUCUAAGGGUAUUUUGUAGUUGGUAUUUACAUCUACAAUCAGUUGAUUGUGAUCAACAAAGAAGAUUGCCCUCAGUCUUGUGGGUGUAUGGUGGCUUGGAGCUGUGUACCCCAGAACAUGUUCUUAAACUUUGCCCAUUCCUGUGGGUAUGAGCCCAUUGAAAAUAGGACCUUUUGAAGAGAUUGCUUCAGGUAAGUUGUGGCCCAGCUGAAUCAAGAUGGGUCUGUAUCUUAUUACUGAAGGAAUUAGUGAAGGUCACAGAGAGACAGGGCUGGAGGGAGCAGCCAAAAACUGAAAGUCAACAAAACCCAGAAGAAAAAGGAGAAGGCAGGAGAGGCUACCAUGUAUAUCAUCAUGUGACAGAAAAACCAAGUACCAGGGAUUGCUGCAGCUAGCCCCAAAUGCCAAGUCUUCUGAGAGAAAGCAAAGCCUUGAUGACAACCUGACUUUGGAAACGAGAAGCUGAGAGCAGCAAAACCUGAAGAGAAGGAAGAGCAGAUGCUGCCAUGUACCUUGCCAUACGGCAGAGGAGCCAAGGAUCACUGGCAGCCUGUCUUCAGGAAGAAAGCAUCGCUUUGUACCUUGAUUUGAACAUUUUCAUGGCCUCAAACUGUAAGCUAAUAGAUUCCCAUUGUUUAAGCUGACAUAUUUCAUGAAAUUGCUUUGAGCCAUAUUGGGAACUAACACACUGCUGUUAAAGUGAGGGCAUUGGUUGGGAAGGAAUAGAAUCCUGAAAAUUUGAAUGGGGACAUAUGGAUAGAUCAUCUUGAAGGUGGGGGCACUGAGCCCCUAGAUUUGACUGAAGUCUUUGGAGGAUAAGCCUGUAAUUGCCUCCCUUGAGCAAGCAGAUCUUCCACCUCCAUCUAAGGAAAUUAACCUUGUUUUGCUAGAUGAACCUGUAGUAGAAUCCCCCAAGGGAGCUGACUUGCAAGACACUAAUUCCUUUCAAGACCCACCCUGUCACUUUUGUAACUAAAUUAAUGUCCCAGCAGACCCUGAAACGUGAAGUACAAAGUGUGACCCAUGAAGAGGUGCUGUAUACUCCAAAAGAACUGCAUGAUUUUUCCAAUUCAUACAGUCAGGAACCAGGCACCCUCCCUCCCCCGGUACCUGUGAUUAACUUGUCUCAUGCAUUAAAAUUUCAGUUUCCCAUUAUGCCACAACUAACCACCUAGACCCAAGUUUAAAAUCCAACCUAAUUUGAGCUGCCCAUCAUGACCUGGAUGUUGUCUGGCCCUCCAAGCCAUAAAGUUGAAUGUGCACAGCAGCGAUCCAUCAUCUAAUAGAAGUGGUAUGUAUGAGAUUGGGAGGCCUGAAGGCACAAGUAAGUUACAGAAGGAAGUGGCCCAAAUGCUUAUGGCCCCACUCCUGCCGAGUUACCUUCUGUAUUCCAGACUGCAACUAUAGCUUCUUGAGGAAUUCCCCAUGAUCACUUGACUGAGGAAGAGAAAACUUGGUUCUGGUUUACUGAAAGUUCUGCAUGACAUGUAGGCACCACCCAAAAGUGGACGGCUACAGCACUAGAACUGCUUUCUGGGACAUCCCUGAAGGAUAGUACUGAAAGGGAAUCCUCCCAGUGCACCUAGUUUAUUUUGCUUGAAAGGAGAAAUACAGGUGUGUUUGUAUACCAAUUCAUGGGCUGUGGCCAAUGGUUAGGCUGGACGGUCAGGGACUUCAAAGGACAGUUUGGAAAUUGGGUGACAAGAAGGUCUAGGGGAGAGGUAUGUGAGAAAACCUUUCUGAACAGGCAUUAAAGUAACAAAUGAAAAAAAGAAUUGUUUCUCUGGUGAAUGUUCACCAGAUGGUGACCUCAGUAGAAGAUAAUUUUAAUCAAGUGCAUAGGAUGAUCCAUUCUGUAAAUACCUGUCAGCCUUUUUUCCCCAACCAUUCCUGUCAUUGGCCAAUGGGCUGAUGAGCAAAGUGGCCGUGGUGGUAGAUAUGGAGAUUAUGCAGGGGCUCAGCAACAUAGAAUUUCACAGGCCAACCUGGCUACUGCCGCUGCUGAGUGCUCAGUCUGCCAGCAGCAGAGACCAACAUUCAGUCCACAGUACAGCACAAUUCCAACCUGGUAGCAUGUUGAUUGUAUUGGACCACUUCCAUCAUAGGUGGAAAAAAGGCAUCAUUUUGUUCUUAUUAGAGCAGACAUUCUGGAUAUGCGUUCACCCUCCCUGCCCACAAUGCUUUUGCUGAAACUAACUUCAUGGACUUAUAGAAUGCCUUAUCUUCCAUCAUGGUAUUCCACAUGGCAUUGCUUCUGAUUGAGGAACUCACUUCACAGCAAAUUCCACUGGCAGUGGGCCCAUGCUUAUGGAAUUCACUGAUCUUAUAGUCCCCAUCAUUUGAAGCAGCUGGGUUGAUAGGAUGGUGGAAUGGCCUUUUGAAGACUCAAGUACAAUGCCAGCUAGAUGGCAAUACCUUUCAGGACUGGGCCAGUGUUCUCCAGGAGGCUGUACAUGCUCUAAAUCAGCAUCCAGUAUAUGGUGCUGUUUCUCCCAUAGCCAGGAUUCAGAGGUCUAAUAAUGGGUGGAAAUGGGAGUGGUAUCAUUCUCCAUUACCCCUAGUGAUCCACUAGAAAAAAAAAAUUUGUUUCCCCACAACCUUAUUCUCUGAUGAUCUAGAGGUCUUAGUUUCAAAAGGAGGAAUGCUUCCACCAUGAGACACAACAAUGAUUCUAUUGAUCUGGAAGUUAAGAUUGCCACCAGUACUUGGGGCUCUUCAUGUCUCUGAAUCAACAAGCAGAUAAGGGAGUUACUGUAGUGGCUGGGGUAAUUGAUGCUGAUUACCAAGGAUAAAUGACUACUACCACACAAUGGAGAUAUGAAAGAGUAUGCCCAGAAUACAGAAGAUCCAUUAGGGCAUCUCUUCAUACUGCCAUUCCCUGUGAUUAAAGUCAAUGGAAAACUGCAACAACCCAAUCCAGACAGCACUAUUAAUGUCCCAUACCCUUCAGGAAUGAAGGUUUUGGUCAUCCUUCCAAGCAAAGAACUGUGACCAGCUGAUGGGCUUCUGAGACUAAAAGGAAUAUAGAAUUGGUAAUGGAAUAAAACAGUUAUAAAUACUAGCUUUGACUACAUGUCCAGUUGCAGCAACAAAGACUGUGAUUGUUACGAGUAUUAUUUAUUUUGCUAUGAAUAUAUAAAGCAUAUAUCUUUUUUCUUCCCUCUCUUACCCCUUUAGCAUGUAUCAUGUUAUAUUAACUUUACAUGAUAAUAUUUAAGUGACAGGAUAUCAAAAAUAGGAGUGAAUAUCACCAAGGACUUUCAUCCUCCUCUGGGGAAGGGUUGGUGUGUAUUUGAUUGUAUGCAACACAGUUGUAUCAUGUUAAGUGAAAGUAUAACUAUGUUAUUUUCUUUAUUUGGAGAUUAAGCAUAGUUUAAGAUGUGUAUGGGUACCAGUUGACAAGGACUGUGAUGAUUCAUAUCAUGUGCCAACUUGGCUAGGUUAUGAUGUCCAAUUUGGUCAAAUAUUUGCCUGCUUGUUACUAUGAAGGUAUUUCAGAAAUGGAAUUUUUAUCUAUAAUCAGUUAAUUGCGUCUAUAAUCAACCAAAGAUACUGCCCAUAAUGUGGUGAAUCUUCUUAUCCAGUUGGAGGUCUUAAAAGCUAGAACUGAGGAUUUCAGAAGUCAGAAGAGGAAUUCAGAUUGAUUUCAGCAUCACCUUUAUUGGGAUGUGCAGCUUUCAUACUGCCCUACAGAGUUUAGACUUGCCAGCCCCCACAGCCAUGUAAGCCAAUUCUUUAAAAAUAUAAAAACAUAAAUAAUAUACACAUACAUAUAUGUAUAUAUAGAUAUAUGUACAUAGACAUAGCCAUAUAUAGAGAGAAAGAUGAUCAUAUAUAGAGAUGAUCUCCUAUCAGUUCUGUUUCUCUGAAGAAUCUUGGCGAAUUCAGAGGACAUAAGGCCCAGCAUCGGGGAGAUCCAUCUUUUGACCAAACCAAGAUCAGAGUAGCAAAAAAUCACAAUGAUCUUGUCUCUCCAGCUUUUUAUUGGUUGCAUCAGCUCUGAAUGCUUAUUCCCAAACUUCUCCUUACACGGUUAAGUUAACCCCUCAUGGUUGAAGCUGAAGUGUUUUUUAUUGUUUGAUUUUGAAGGUAGUGUUCCGUUAACAUCCAGCUGAAUACAAUCCUUCACCGAUAAACCAUAGUUGGUCAGUUUUUGUAAAUGCUCCAUGUUUCUUUGAAAAUGUGUAUUCUUUAAUUUUUGGGUACAGGGUAUAUGUCCAUUAAUUCAAUCUUAUUAAUUGUA